GUUGUUUUACAUUUUAGCUCAUUUUUAGAUCUUCCUUUUUCAGGUUACUCUCACAGAAGACAUUUUUAAGCCAUUGUCACUAUGUCCUGUGCUCUGCUUCUAGCCUUGAUAUGGGGUCUUUACCAUGAAUCUUUGGCACAAUACUGUGUAGAUCAGCCUCAUGAACAGGAGUCCUUCGCGGGAGAGUCCAUCACUAUUCCAUGCAGUUUCACCUACCCAGAGUCUAUAAGCCCUGAGUCAGUGAAUGUUGUAGUGAAAGCAUCAGAUCAUCCAAGAUUUUGUGGAGGAAAUGAAAAUAUAAUUUACACAUUUUCCACACAUGGAAAUAGAAAUUAUACAAAUGAGCAGUAUGCAGGAAGACUAUCUGGGCAGUAUGAUCUAGGAGCCCGGACAUCAACAUUUACUAUAAAGAAUUUAACAAACAAGGAUGAGAAGAUGUACUGCUGUCGUUUUAUAAUCAAUCCCACCAGUCACAAAACCAUUGGAUGGCAACACUCAGAAGGCACCAGAAUAACAGUUAAAGUCAAUAGCUCUGACGAAUUCAACGGCUUCUACUGCUACUCUAUAAAUGGUUUCGUAGGAGGAGCCAACUAUACCAGGCGAACAAAUACUGGAACUCAACUUCUCAUUCUAAAGCCAAGCGGUGCUUCAAAUAUUAACCAAACAAUGGAGGUGGAGGUCAAUGGAUCGGUCAUAAUCAACUGCAGCUUCUCCAUCCAAGAUAUGAUAAGUACAAUUAAUGUAGGAAAAAGGAGUGUUCUGUGGACUCAGGUGUACUGGAUGGUCGGAGAACCAAGAGAACAUUUUGUUUAUCAUCCUAAUGAGGACUACAUCCAUCCAGAUUACAAAGGAAAGACCAAGCUGAUUGGUCGGUCUGACCUUCUCCUAGAGGAUUUCCAGGGUCCAGAUUACACCACUCUCUACUGUCGUGUUGCAGUAAGAUUUUGUUUACAGAAUACUAAAACUCAAAAUCCUGUUGAAACUAUCCUUCAAGAAGGUCCAGGCACCGUCCUUAGAGUCCGAGAAACCACUCAAUCAAUUCCUGAGGCGUCAACCUCACUGGUACCGACAAUAGUUGUUGUUUCAUGUGUUGAAUAUGCAGUGGUCCUCUUUUUGGUUCUUCUUAUCAUCUGUUUGAAUGCAAGAAAAGGUAUGAAGAGGACCGACGCCGGGGAGACUAUCCCGGAGUCUAUAGAUCUUUCCGUGUACCAGAACUCAGCUUAUGAAAACAUUGAGCGGAUUCAAAGAAAAGCUACUGGAACUGAUGAUAACACAGUGUACGCUGUGGUGAAACCCUUCGCGACCACAGCAAAGAAGCCUCCAGUGUCAGAACAGUCCGAGGAUGACAAGAUAGUGUACGCUGUGGUGAAACACUCCGCGACCACAACAGCAAAGAAGCCUCCAGGGUCAGAACAGUCCGAGGUUGUGUACACCUCUGUGAAGAAACGAUGACAUCUCAUAUGUUCCAGGAUGUAUUCCUGAGUUAUUGACUUACAUAAGAGAUGGAUUUUUAAUACAUGAUUAUUAUAGUGAUCCACAACUAUUAUAAAGUGCAGGCAAGAUGGUCCAGGAAUCACCAGAACUGGAAGAUGUCAGCAAGGAAGAAUGGCUUAAAAUCUCUCAAACAAGAACUUAAAGACUUUACAAGCUGUGAUACAUGCCAAAUGGGGUACUAGGUACUAACCAUGCAGGGUGCCCAAAGUUUUCCUUUUUCGUUGUUUUGAAAAUGUAAAAG